AUGAGGGAGAACGAGAUAGACCGAAAGGCACAGUCACAACUCUACCUUCGUGGUGUUGAAUUGGUUCUGAGCAAAAUGAAACUCCUGAUCGCGUUCGCCCUGGUGGCAGUCGCCAGUGCAGAUGUCUCGCAUCUGUUCUCGAACAGCAACAACCUGCAGGAUGACGGCUACCACUACGCCCCACCCCGCGCCCCCGUCGUCAUCGAUGUGCCCUACGUGCCACAUGAGUCUGCCCCACCGGCGGUGGUCUACGAGGCCCCCAAGCCCAAGCCCACGCCUCCUCGUCCCGUCUACACACCCACGCCCGCUGGCGUACUUAAGGACGAUGGCUACCACUACGGAGCUCCCUCCGUGAAGUUCGAGGUCAAGGCUCCUCCUCCACCACCACCACCAGCACCAAAGGUUGAGUACCUGCCUCCCCCACCCACCAAGAAGGUGUACGUUGCACCCCCACCAGUGUACGUGCCUCCCCCAACCAAGAAGGUCGUGUACACCCCACCGCCACCACCACCACCACCAGUGUAUGUGCCUCCCCCAACCAAGAAGGUCGUGUACACCCCACCCCCACCACCACCACCACCAGUGUACGUGCCACCCCCAACCAAGAAGGUCGUCGUCUACACACCACCCCCACCACCACCACCGAAGAAGGUCGUGUACACCCCACCCCCGACUGGCAUCCUGAAGGAUGACGGUUACCACUACGGUGCUCCCUCCGUGAAAUUCGAGGUUAAGGCUCCUCCUCCACCACCACCACCGGCACCAAAGGUUGAGUACCUGCCUCCCCCACCCACCAAGAAGGUUGUCGUUGCACCCCCACCAGUGUACGUGCCUCCCCCAACCAAGAAGGUCGUGUACACCCCACCGCCACCACCUCCACCACCAGUGUACGUGCCUCCCCCAACCAAGAAGGUCGUGGUCUACACCCCACCCCCACCACCACCACCGAAGAAGGUCGUGUACACCCCACCCCCGACUGGCAUCCUCAAGGACGACGGUUACCACUACGGUGCUCCCUCCGUGAAAUUCGAGGUUAAGGCUCCUCCUCCACCGCCACCACCGGCACCAAAGGUUGAGUACCUGCCUCCUCCACCCACCAAGAAGGUGUACGUCGCUCCCCCCGUGUACGUGCCACCCCCCACCAAGAAGGUCGUCGUGUACACUCCUCCCCCACCACCACCACCAGUCUACGUGCCUCCCCCAACCAAGAAGGUCGUGGUCUACACCCCACCCCCACCACCACCGCCGACCAAGAAGGUGUACGUGGCCCCCAAGGUCGAGUACCUGCCCCCCGUCCAGAAGGGAUACAGCUACCCCAACGACCCCCAGCCCGCGUUCAACUUCUAGGCUCCCGAAGCCCAUUGUAAAUACACAGAUUAAGUAUUAGCCAUAUUUGUGAACGAAUUGUGAAUGGGUGGCUCGGCCUUCCCUUUCGCAGGAAAGCCGAGUCCACUUCAAAUAACCGUGAAAAUAAAAAUCUUACGAUUUUAAAAGUC